CGUCAGAGAGCGUCCUCUGCCUCCCCCUUUUUAGUCGAGCUGAUUUUCGCCCAAAAGUCCAGCGUGGAGAGCACAUGGAGACCUUUUUAGCCAGUGGCCGAUGUCCGGACUCUUGGCUUUGUGCUUUCCAUCUCCUCCCCAAGACUUUGCUGUUUUUGAUAUUUUUAUCCCAACUUCCUAAUCCUCACAAUCGUACAAUGCUGCGCGCUAUCCUCCCCUCGCCUCGCAGUCUGCUUGGGUGCAUCCCGCUCAACACAGGCGCAGCAAUCAUCGCUGCCCUGCUGACCGUCUGGCACGGGUUUGGCAUCGCCACCGGCUACCGCUCGCCGUGGGUGCUCUACAACAUCUGGAUGGCCGUGUCGUCUGUCGCUCUGUUCUACGGGCAGCACAAGAAGGACCACGGGCACGUGCGCUGGUUCGCCAUGGCGCUGUUCAUCGACAUGUUUGUGUACAUUGGGUACAUCCCGUACGAUAGGGACUUCACCAUGACGGACAUCGAGUCGUGCCAGGUCGCCAUGUCCACCAACCGGGACAUGACCAUGGAGUACUGCCUGGAGCAUGUUCACGAGAUCCGCCAGAUUGCCUACGUCAUGCGGGUUGCAGCAGUGCUGGCCAAGGGCUACAUGGCCAGCGUCGCCAAGAGCUACGAGGACUCGGUCAAGCCCAAGCAGCCUACUGCUGCCUCCAAGAAACGCUCGUAGAUAGAAAUUUUUGCAGAUUCCCACGAGUACGGUCUCCACCUUUUCUGCGUUGUCCAGCGAGAACCCUCCUGGAUUUCGCCAAAAUCCGAUGCACUUGAAACCCACCCGGCGGCCCGCUAUAAUUGGCUGU